AUGAACUUACGAGAACCACUUUUACGUGGUAUCUACGGUUAUGGUCUCGAACGUCCUGCAAAUGUUCAACAACAUGCUCUUAAACCGUGUAUUUCGGGUUACGAUGUGAUCGCGCAAGCACAAGCAGGUACAGGCAAAACUAUAACUUUCAUCAUUGCAGUUUUACAACAACUCAACGUGGACUGCAAAGACUGUCAAGCAUUAAUUCUGGUACCAACGCGUGAACUGGCUCAAGAAAUCCAUAGAGUAGUUUUAGCACUAGGUGAACAUAUGCAUGUGACAUGUCAUGCUUGUGUUGGUGGUGUGAAUUCUCGUGAGGAUAUGAAACAGCUUGAAGCGGGUGUCCAAGUUGUUGUUGGUACACCUGGUCGGACCUAUGAUAUGUUAAACAGAUCGGCACUUCGCAGUGAAAAUAUCAAAAUGUUCGUAUUGGAUGAAGCUGAUGAACUUUUAUCUCGUGGUUUCAAGGAGCAAAUUUAUGAUGUAUUUACGGCGCUGCCAGAAAAUGUUCAAGUCAUUGUUGUAUCGGCUACGAUGCCCUGCGAUUUACUCGAAAUCACAGCUAAAUUUAUGAAUGAUCCUGUGAAAGUUCUUAUCAAGAGAGAAGAACGAACGCUCGAUGGUAUUCGUCAAUUUUACGUGAAUAUCGAACGUGAGGAGUGGAAAUUAGAUACAUUAUAUGAAUUGUUCGAUACAUUAACAAUCACACAAACUGUCAUUUUUUGUAACACAUGUCGCAAGAUCGAUUGGUUAACUGAAAAACUACGUGCACGUAAUUUAACUGUGUCUGCUCUGCAUCUUAAUAUGGAUGCAAAACAACGUAAUGAUGCCAUAAAAGAAUUUCGAACGGGCUCCAGUCGAAUCUUGGUAAGAGCAGAUACGCUUGAAGGUGAUACUGAUAUUCCACAAGUUAGCCUUGUUAUCAAUUAUGAUCUACCGACUAAUCGUGAGAGCUAUAUUCAUCGUAUUGGACGUAGUGGUGCAUUCGGUCGAAAAGGUGUGGCUAUCAAUUUCACUACCAAUGAUGAACGACAAACAUUACACCACAUUGAACAAUAUUAUAAUACACAAAUCGAAGAACUGCCUAUGGACUUUGCUGAUUUGAUUUAA